UCUCAAAGAAAUCAAUUCGCCAUUCAAUCCCAUUUCAAAAUCAAUUCACUCUGAAAUUAUUUUUCUCUAUUUCUUCUCUUAAAUUUGUUUCUCCUUAUUUCAUCUCAGAAACUGUCCAAGUUUUUCCCAAUUUCUUCAUCAUUUUUUCGAUUUCAUCUUCAAUCAAUUCCUUCAAUUUCCACUUUAAUUGACUUCCUCUUCAAUACAUAUUCGUCUUCAAUUGUGUUUCUUUAAUUGGAUUUCUCUUUAAUCGGAUUUCAAUAUGUAUUCAGUGACUUAGCGAUUUACGAUUUAGACUCUGCGAGUCAGACUCGGCGAUUUAAUCAGAAAUUGUCCAAGUUUUUCCUCUAUUAGCAAUUUGCAUUAGUUGAAUGAUUUGAUUGAUUUUAAUAGUUUAUAUUUUAAAAUUGAUUUGAAGUUCUUCUAUUUUCAUAUUCAGAGAAAUGAUAGUGAUAGAGCAAAAAACAGAUAUGGAGUUUUUCAUCUUCAAGCUCAGGUUUGAUUGAAGGAUUUUGUUGAAAUAGUAUAAUGUAAUUUUUCUCAGUUUUGAUUACAUUACUUUGCAGUUACUCCUUUUUAUUUGGCCUGUAAUUUGAUAUUGUUAUUACUUACUGCAUACUGGUUUGGAAUUUUGUUUGCAUUUAACAUUUAAUAUUUGUGAUUGCAAUUUGCAAAUUGGUUUGCAUUUUUCUAUUUACUUCAUGGUUAGGCAAUUGGCAUUUGGUUGGCAUUUUGAUAAUGCUAUUGUUGAUUGCAUACUGGUUUGCAUUUUGCUAUUGCCUUCAAUUACUUUUUAACUAUUUUAUGUUGCCAACCUAUCUGUUACGUUGGAUUUCCAUAUUGUCGUCAUUCUUCUCUUGCAUUUCCAGUCAAUCGCAUCAUUAAUUAACAGCAGAAAUUUAUCUGUGUGGAAUUGUUACUUCAUGCAUACUGGUUUUCCUCCUUUUUACAUUACUUGUAGUUACUCAUUUUUAUUUUGGCUUGUAAUUUGAUAUUGGUAUUACUUACUGCAUACUGGUUUGGCAUUUUUUUUGCACAGAAAGAUUUAAAGCCAGUGAAAAUGAAACUAACUGUUGACUGUUAGGCCAAGCUGUAGUGUACACUGAAGAACGUUCUUAACCGCCUCUUAGAAUUCAGUCUCCUUUUGAAGAAGUAAGCUAAUCUUAUUGAAGUAGAGAGAAUUAGCUUAAAUGACUCUUUCUUGUGAGACUGCGGUGAAAUAGCGAUUCUAGAAUUCAGUCUCCAUUUUAAUUUUUUUUAUUUAUUUUGAUUUUGAGGCAUUCUAGAAUCUUUUGUAGUGAAUGCUUGAAUGAUAAGUUAUUGGGACAUCAAAUUCAUGCAGUUUUGUUUUUCAACUUCGGUUGAUGGCAAAGUUAGAGCUUUGAUGUAUGAAAACCAAACAUUCUAUGUCGAAUACAACACUUCCGAAAAGUGUUCUACCAAAAUACUCUAUAGUUCUGAUGGAACUAGGUAAGAAAAUAAGAAAUUUUAAUAGAGAUGGAAAUGUAUUUAGCCAAGAUUAUAUAUACUUUUAUUUUUCAUUUUACGUCGAGUUGUAACUGCUAUUACUAGCUAGUUGAGUGAGAUGAACCUAAAGGAGCAGUAAAAAGAACAUAUUCUGGAUUUGAAAAGAAAUAUGUCGGUACGGUGCAAUUCUGGAUUUGGAAAUUUAUAUUUUGUUGUUGUUAUUCUAAUACCUUUAUGUUUAAUUUAUAUUAUGUAUUUGUGUAUAUGUAUUGAACUUGUGUUUGAAAUGUUGUUAUUUUAUUAAGACUAUUGGAGACUGUUAAUUAAUUAAUUAAUCAAUUACUAAAAUGUUGAACAACUAGGCUUUCAUGUGUUUGAUUAAAGGGUUGUAAGAUGGUAUUAUGUAAGGCCCUUCACUACUUUGUUAGUGAAUGAGAAUUUGUAAUUCUAUCAUUUUUCUCUUGGUGGGAUUAUGUUAUCUAUUGGGAUAAGACUAUCCAUAGAUGAUUUUGCUCUUGCAUUCACAAGGUUUGAUUUUCAUUAUUAUUAUAUUUUUUUUCCUAAUUAUAAAAAUAAUUAGGAAUCGAACUCAAUACGCCAGAGUUUCUAACACUCAUGCACCAACUACUUGUGCUAGACUUCGGUGGGGUUUUUCUGUUUAUUUUUAAUAAUUGAAAUCAUGGAAUUUAUUCCAACAUUCAUUGUUUUGAUUUCUAUUGCAUGCCUUUACCACUUCCCAUUGGGUUUAUUGCUCAAUAUGUAUCUUGAUUGCAAAGGCUUUCAGUUUGCCUAGAAUGUUUUAUGCAGACUUUAUUCUCAAAGCUUGUGAUUCAGGAGCUCAGUUAUCUAGCUAUGCAAGCUUUAUAAGCAAAGGGGAUGUAGCCCUAUGCAUUCUUCUUACAACCUAUACCACUAUUGUGCCAGUUGAUUCAUUUGCCAUGUCUAAGUCGAUAUUACAGGUUGUUCUUGUUGCGGUGACACUUGGUCUUCUUAAUACGUACGCGAAGCCAGUUGUAUCUGUUAUUCAACCCGUGAUGCCCUUUGUUGCUAUGAUUUGUACUUCAUUGUACAUUGGCAUCCCUCUUGCUAUAAACUGAAAUCAAAUUUUGUCAGGCGAAGGUCUCCGUUUGGUUGCUCCAAUAUUAAUGUUUCAUGCUGCUGCAUUCACCAUAGGAUAUUGGGUCUCAAACCUGCCAUCCUUAAGGUAUAUGCUCACUUUUUAGAAAGUUUAUUUGAAAAUGGAAAUACUAAAUUAUAUUACAUUUAUGCAGA